AUGAAAGAACCCGAAAGAGAGGACUUGUUGGUAAAUUUGGUAGUGAAGUCAGUGAAGAUAGUACAGUUGUAAUUAUAAAAGCACCAUUAGGCAUAGUUGUGAAAAUAGAUGCAAUGAUGAAGGGUUUAUUGCAGUCGUUGAUGAGUAUUGAAUAUGAUAGCAAUGAAGUAAACAAUAAAAGUAGUGAGAGCAAUGCAUGUACAAGGA